AUGCCUUCCCUUGCGGAGCGCCCGCGCUCGUCGCAAGAGGCUCUUCUCCGCCUUGAAAAAGGCACCGCGUCCCCCACGACACAGAUCAACGAGGCUGCUCAGAUCAUAGGCUUGGAUCUGUCGCUAUGUGCGAGUCAUCCGCAGAUCAAUCAUAGUCCCCACGUUCCUUUGCACGCGGCACCGAAAGAAGAAUGGGUUCUCCGAUGGUUGUUGAAGAAACUCAAGUCCGGGAAAAACUACCGUGUCGAGCCGGCCUCUUUUCUUUUGCUGAAACAGCUCAUCGGCUUAAUCCCCAUCAAGACCUUGGCGACGACGCUCAAAGAUCAGAAAUUCCUCUCGAUUUUGAACCAUGUGAUCGCCGACCUGGAGGAUGAUAUUUUCGCUGGACUGGAAAAUGGGUCGACUGAAUUCAUCCCGUCGGAUUCAGAGUCUAGUAGAACGCUGAGCGAAUCUUCACAUAGGGCCGGGGAGCAAAACAAGAAGGGUACGAAGAGAAAGCGAACUGGGGGCAAUGACCAAGACGUCAUGGAUGUCGACGAGCAACCCCGGACGCUGACGUCGUGUUUCCUGACCUUCAUCCGCGCCCUCGACUGCCUCUACAGCUUGGUGGCCCUCCUCGGUCGGAGUGUCGGAGUGGAAGAUGUUGCCAUCUCGCAUUUGAAGCAUGCGCUUAAGGGCGACCCCCAGUUGGUGGCCGUAACGUUGGGCAAAUCCUUCUGGAUAGCUGCUGUGGCUACCUCGCAGUUUUCCAAUACGCGCAAAACGACCGAUUUGCAACAUCUGCUUUAUGUCAUUCCGGCCAUAUUGGAACUUUGGGAGUUGAGAUCGAAUCGUCUGGUCGAUUCAGACAGCGGAGCCGCCAAUGAAUGUUUCGCCAGGUACUGUUUCAGAAACGCCCUGCAACUGCAAUCUCGGAUACGAUCGAUCCAGCUCGACACCGAUGAGAGAGGUCACGUUCUUCAGGGGGUUGAACGCUUGAUCGCACUCCAUGUGGUGAUCCCUGCGCGUGUGGCAUUCUUUGACCGAGGCGGAUCGGGCAUUGAUUAUUCGGCGAGCGAGCCAGACUGGAGCCCAGUCAAGCCCGUUUCUGAUACUUUCAGGCCGGUCCUCUUUGGGCCCGAGGCUGGGGAGCCGUCGGACAUGAAGAAAGGACCCGGGAAGGUUUCCGAACUUUUGCCCGACUUUUUCGAUAUCGCCUGUCGUUCCGUACCCCGCAAUACCUUCCGAAGACAAACUCAUGAAGCUCCUUGGCUGGAGACUCUAUUUGUCGCUGUGGCAGAACUGGCAUACUCCAUGGCAAAGGCUGAAAAUUCUGUGUCAUACUUCACGGAGUUUGUUGGCAUCCUCGAACAUCUCUUCCGUGUGGUUCUCGCUCGCAAUGUGCAGCUUUCUUUGCAUACGCUGCUCACGCAUGCUGCAUAUACUGGUCUCCUCAAGGACGGACUGGCACAAGUCCAGUGGGGGUUGACUGCUCUGCUCGUCGAGCUUGGUGCGGACAUUUUCCUACCAAACUCUGGCCUUAAUGACUCGACUAAGCUGCUGAAUGCCCUUCUCGCGAAAAUCAUUCUGCACUGGCGGAACGGUCCGUCCGAUUCUAACUACGAUACUAUCAAAAACGGCAUCGUGAUUCCUCUUCUGCGCGGAUUUAUGGCCGCCAGAGAUCUCCCAACGCUCAUGCAACUGUGGUACGAACAACUGAUUGACGUCGAGGAGGCCCGAUCUGAGAGUGACAAUUUGGCGCAUUUCGUCGUAUGGGAAGAUGAUGACGUAUGUAACGUUUACGGGGCAUUGCUGCGUAGUCCCCUUGCUACCGCGCAUGCUUCCAUGCAGAUGCGGGCGGCCGCAGCCGAGAUCAAGGCCGACGAUGGGAAGGUUUCGGAUUCGCCCGGUGCAUAUGCACAAUUCGUGAUAUUGGAGGCUGGUUUUAGGGAGCGCGCCCUGAGUCCUACGGAUUCCGCAGAUGAUUUGCGGUCUGUCCUUGAGACGCUGACUUCCUCUCUGUCCCCUAAGCAAACGCUUCACUGGAGAUGGCGAAUGUGGCGGUUUAGUCGCAAUCUGCUCGCGCACAGCGUGCAGUCCACUGUCAAUGACAUUGGCGAUAUGCUUCGGGACCUUGUUGAUGUUGCUGCGAAAGCCAUACGCCGCCACCAGAAGGAUAAAAUGGCAAAGCGCAACGCACCGCUGGAGUGCUAUGAAGCAUACCAAUUCGCCCUUGCUACUGUGAAGUUGUCCGUCGACUCCGGCCACAUGGACAAAUUCAAGUCGGUUACCAAAGAUGUUGCAAAAUUCAUCCAGUCAACCACUGCAAAGGACGCUUUACAGUCAAUGGCUACGCCGUGGAAUGGAAGUGUUGAAGCCUUGACUUCUACGACCCACCUGGCCCUUGCAUACUUUUUGACACUCGUACGUUCCCCAGAUAUCUGGGUUAAUGUUGAUCCCGAGGUCCGGCGCUCUCUUUUCGGGCAUAUCCUAUCUCUGGCAACUUCACAAUAUCAGGUCUCGUCUACUUUGGAGAAAGCUACAUCGGCAGCUACGUUUCUACAAGCUUGGACCGGCGUUUCCUGCCACGAGUACCUCCUUAAUACCCCUGCUAUCGCUACUGAUUUGAUCAGCGUUCUAUCUGCACGUGUCAAGGAGGAUACGGAAAAUCGCAAGCCACUCAUUGAGAGCCUCCAGCGAAUCCCCGCAUCUCUCAUCACGCGGCGUCAAAGGGGUACUCUGAUGGAUCUACUGCAGGAGGUUAUUCUCCAAGGUGACAGUAUUCCCGAGGUUACUGUCGGCAUUUUGUCGCUGAUGGCCAAGAUGGCCGACAUGUCCAAGUCAUCAGCGGUACUCACUAGCGAUUGGGAACCGAUGUGGAAUGUCGCUAAUGCUGUGGCGCUCCAAGGCACUGAAGUUGAUCUUCAAAUCAUGAAGGCCUUCAGGAAACUGCAUCGAGCUGUCGUCGCGAAGCUUCUUGUUUCGUCGGAGGAUGACUGCCGUAAGCUGUUUAAGAAGAUGUAUCGCAAAGUCACGGGCAAAGCAUCCAAGCUGCGGUCCAUUGACCGCAAUUCUAUGGAGUGUUUCUUCCUUCGGAUCUCCUUGUCGCAACUCUGGUUUCACCGUGGCCGUCUUUCAGGAGUGUUCGAUGAGGCUGAACUCGCUGGCUGUCGCCAGAACGUAUUUGAGCUCGUGGUUGCAGAAGUCAAAGCAGUCAAGGACCAAUGCAAGAAGCAGAAGCUCGAGGAGACCAUUACCUUGAUCAAGACAUUGGACGCAUUGGAGGAUUUUGAAGAUCUGGCCACGGAUCACGCGGAGGUUGAAAAGUUCCUGUCCAAGAUUGAGAGCUAUGUUGAGAAGUCCGUCGAUUCUGGCUCCACGUUGCGACGGCUCAUUCGGCGUCGAGUCCUGGCUGGUCGAGCAUCGGAUAAGAGCAUCACCUUGCCUGUGAUUCAAUGUGCGGAGACGCUUCCCCUUGAACACAUGUAUAGCGACGAGCAGCAGGCUUUUAUUCGGUCAAUUGGGGCCCGAUUUCAAAAUAUGCCCGUGGACAGGUUGACGGGAGUCAUCAGAGAUAUCCAAACGCUCGGGUUUCAAACCAACAAUGCGCAGUAUCAUCUUCUGAUUGCUGGACUCGCCGCCGCGUCGAUGCCUCCCACUGAAGACAAGGAAAGCGCUAGUGGAAAAGAGCUUUCGCAGCUGUGCACCGCCGUGACCGAGUCGCUCUCGCACAGCACGUCGAUCGAGCAUUUCACCUUUGCCACGGAGUGCCUGGACAUCUUGCUGCGGAAUCACACUCGCUGCAUUACCCAAUGGAAUAUCGACAGUUUGCUGGCGGCGGUUGCAGUCUGCGCAUCCAAGGCGGGUCCGCGGAUCAGCUCAGACUUCUCGGCGACCAUCUACAUCCGGCUCUGUCGCCUGAUGGGUGUCUUGCUGGGACUGCAUCGGCAGAAGCUAGGGGGGCGCUUCCAUCUCAUCCUCCCGGCGAUGCAGCGCUUGUUGAACUGCCUGUUCGCUCGCACGAAGAAGCGGACUCGGUCGAUGGUUCCGGACAAGCGACAGGCGCAGCAGCCUUACUGGCUGUCGCCGCUGGCGGCGUCGCAUGCGGUGCACUUUACGCGUCUUCUGACGUCGCUCUGUGAUCCGACGGUGUCGGCGGUGUCGCGACCCACGCAGUCCGGGGCGGGCUACGAAGGAUUGACAGACCAGACGAAGAAAGCCAAGCGGAUUGCGGGUCAAUACCUGCAGUAUCUGAUCAUGGAGUAUGCGCAAAGCUCGCUGCGGGGAUCACUGACACCGGAGGUGAAGGCCGCGAUCAUGCCGGGACUGUAUUCGGUGCUGGACGUGAUGUCGCGGGAGACGAUGCGGGCAUUGAAUGCGGGGCUGGAUGUGUCUGGACGGGCGGUGUUCAAGGGACUGUAUGAUGAUUAUGUGAAGUUUGGCAAGUGGAACAAGGGGUAG